UCAUCGGACCUGCAGCCCGUGGAGCCGGCUUCAAGUAAGAGCUCGGAGAGAGAGCAGAGCAGGAGCAGACGUGCCGCCUCACAGCCCAGCGUGAACCCUGCUGGCGAGGCCGCACAGGGAAGAUGAGCCUCCUCAAGGAGCGGAAGCCAAAGAAGCCGCACUACAUCCCCCGGCCCCCGGGGAAGCCCUUCAGGUACAAGUGCUUCCAGUGCCCCUUCACGUGCAACGAGAAGUCCCACCUCUUCAACCACAUGAAGUACGGGCUCUGCAAGAACUCCAUCACGCUCGUGUCCGAGCAGGACCGCGCCCCCCGGUGCCCCAAGCCACGCUCCUCAGACCCCGGGCCAGCUGGGCAGCCCGGCCCCACGGCCAUGCCCGCCUCAUCCAAGCCUGGCCCGGGGGCUCUCGCGCACCUGGACACCAAGCCUCAACACGGCCCGCCCACGGACGAUACCAAGGAGAACCCAGACCUGCAGGCACGUGGACCCCACAGGGGUGCCGGGCAGCGGCCUGCUCUGCACAAGGAAGCGGCGCCCCCAAGCCCCACUGCGGAAGCCACCACGCGCACCCCUCCCUCCACGGAAGGCGCCACGCGGCCCUCAGCCUUCGUCCCCAUCGGGGAGCACAGGCUCAAAGGGCAGGAGCUCACUGAGGCUCCUGAAGCGCUGGCCCCUCCCCACCCUGCCGCCAAAGCUGCCUCCUUCCACGCCAAGUCCGCUUUCCACGCUCCUGGCUACCCGUGGAAAGCGGGCUCCCCCUUUCUCCCGCCCGAGUUCCCCCAUAAAAUCCCCUCCACCAAGGGAUUUGGAGCCACUGCCCCGUACAUGCACCCUGCAGUCCCAGAGUACCCACCACACUUCUACACCGAGCACGGACUGGCCACCAUCUACUCGCCCUACCUUCUAGCCGGGAACCCGGCCGAGUGUGACAGCCCCCUGCUGUCUGUCUAUGGAGCCCAAGACCAGAGACACUUCCUGCCUCACCCAGGGCCGCUCCCUAAGCACCUGAACCCAGCUCCGUCCACGUACGACCACUACAGAGUUUUCCAGCAGUUCCACUCCAAUCUGCCAAUUCCUUAUGGAUUUUACAGACCGGAGUCUGCCUUCUCCUCCUAUGGUCUCAGACUUCCCCCCAUCGCUGGCAUUUCGCGGGAUCAGAGCCCUCACCUACUGGAAGAAGCCACUCUGGUCUACCCAACCUCGAGUCCAUCCAAGAUACACUCUUCCAGCUCCCACAGAAAACACACAGAGUUUGAGAAAGAGAGUCCAACUCACGAGGCUAAGGACCCUUCCAGAGACGGGCAGAGGGACCCAGAAGGGACCAAGAUGAGCCCACGUGCAGGCAGUGCGGCCACAGGCUCCCCGGGAAGGCCGAGCCCCACCAACUUCACGCAGACCAGCCAGCCAUGCACCGGGCUGUGCGGGCUCCCGGACCAGCCAGCCUCCAGCGGGCCGGGCAGGCUCCAAGCACCGGAACAGAGCCCCGUGGCCUUCCCACCCGAGUGCCCACACCCCCAGGCUCCAGAGAGCAGAGACAAGUCCCCAAAAAGCCUCGAGGCCGGCAGUGCAGAGGCCCCGGCUCAGACCGGACACACCUCUCCUGGCCUAGACCCCACGCCCUGCAGCCCGGAGGACGGCUCCAGGACGGCCCCGCUGAACCUCUCCAAGAAGCCAGAGGUUGAGCUGACGGCCACCCACACCCCUGCCUACGGAGACUUCACGGAGCCGCAGGAUGUGCCCCUCAACCUCUCGGUGAAGGACCCCUGCAACGCCCUGACCCCAAGGCCAUCCUUCCACAGCCCCUCACGUGGGCCCGAGCCCACCACAGCCCCCACCGCGCGGACGAAGCCAGCAAGUUCUGGGGAUGCGAGCCCCGGGGAGGCCCCGGACACACAGGCAGUGGACAGCGAGGAGCAGAAGCAGACGGCAGCCGUGGCCCUCUGCCAGCUGGCGGCCUACAGCGCAGGGACCAGCCGGCCAGGCGAGGGGGAGCCCACGGCCCAGGAACUUUCCCACCACACCCCAGAAAGCCAGGAGGCUCCGUGUGACCUCAGACCCAAAGGGCAAAAGAGGACAAGUCCAAGGGAUGCAGGGAAGUCCCAGCAGGGAGCCAAGAGGGCCAAGCCCAGUGACACCACCAGGGUGCUCACGCUGCGGAAGAGAACUCGGGUGUCCUAGAGCCACGGCCCCAGCGGAGGCACAGCACACACACCCCUGGCUCCCAACGCUUUUCCACCGGUCAGCUUUUACAACACGGUGUUCUUCUCGAAAAAGAACUGCAAUGAAGCUGCAUUCAAUUCAGUUCUGUAAAUGCUAAGCAUGAACGUUAAAAGGUGCUUCCACUUUGGGGUGUAAAAUAUUUGAAUGACUCACACUUAAGACUUAAUGAGUUCAACGUUCUGUAAAAGAUCAAAUGAAAUGCAUGGGACUGAAAAGUAACUUUUGGGUGUUAGCAUCUUAGAGAAAAUCUCUUUAAAACACUUAUAAAUAGCAAUAGAACAAACUGUUUAACUGUUUUUCUAUUAAAUCUGUGUGUUCUGAGGUAAACAAUUCCUAAAAAAAAAAAAGCCAAGAAAAGACAUUUCCAGCCCUAGCAUCAAAAUGCCGUGUGUGAAGACGCUGUGAUUCGUGACAACUGAAAAACACGCUGACAGCAGACGCUAUUUAUACAAGUAAUUUAUUUCCACUGGGCAGACUGCGUUGCUGGCGAAGCUACUUGGCACGUGCGCUGUUUCUUCACCACGUUACAGUGAAUUCUCUCACUCAUGCAGCCUCAUUUUCCACUUCCUAAAAUGAUGUGUAUGUUGCUAAUUUUCCAAUAAACUCAUAGGUGAACCUUAAGGAUAUGUAAAAAGACGACCAACAUAAACUCUGGGUUAUACUUCAGAGUAUUUGCCUCAAUAAAUCAAUGAAAAGGAGAAAAGAGCUGAAGCCCCAGUUAGAAUAAACUGAGAACAAGGGUGCACCUGUGUGAGCGGCUGUGUGAGAGCGUGUGAGCAGGAGCGUGCCCACCGUCCACCAGGGCUCCAGCCCAGCGUCGCAGACACCCGCGGGCCACGGCCUCCUAAGCUGUUGCCUGGAAGAGCCAGCGGCCCUGCGGCCUCGUGUGGGCCCCUCCCCACCAUCCAAGGGCAUCUCAGCCAAUACACCACCUGCAGGGCCGACAAAGGGCCCAGAAACAGUGGCUGGGGCUGAGAAAGCCCUCUCUCCACAAGGCAGCUGGUUUUCACUCACACAUUGGCCAAAACAGAGGCGGUCCCAACAGAGCCGACCGAGGAGAGUUCAAACAACAGGCACCAUUAAAGCCAACGUCAUUCCCGGUGACACGUGUGGGACAGGCCUCAGCACUGAGAGCUGAAAAUUUAAAACGUUCAGUAAGAAGCUGAGGCAGAAAUUCAGCUCACUCUCAGUAUAAGCACCACACACCACACAGCUGAACUAGACGCUCACCUGAACAGCUGCGUUCCAGUAAAAUUUCAUUUUCAGUUGUCUUGAUCUAGUUUCUACUAAUAACUAAUUCUGCAAAAACUCAAUCUAGAAAAGUUCUUAAAUACUCAGUACCUUUUGGCAGAACAGAACGUAACAGACUUUGCAUUCACAGACAUCCUCUCACUGAAGGCCCUGGAGGGGGAGACCUGUAAGAGACCUUAACUAAGUGCAGGAAUACGUGACAUCAGGGAAAACUCUCUGGGAAAAGUAACCGGAAAUAUGGGCUCAAGGAGACAUGGGUAAGUCCCUGCAUGUGGACGGAGGAUGGUAGGUUUCAGUGUACCACAAUGGCUGAUCCACUGGGUGUAUUUAAACAGUGGGGGGAAGGUGGAGCUCAGGGGCAGA